AUGUCGGCUGGGCAAAAAGAGAAUUCUGGCAAGUUGCGUCAACGUUUUCCUGGCAAAAGCAAUUCCCCAGAGAGUUCCGCCGUCGCAAAUGAAACAGAAGACUUCAAAAAACAAGACAGCGCUUCAUUUUCAACGAAAACAGAAUCUUCAUGCAGCAAACUUUUUGGAUAUGUUUUGGUCCCCCUUGUUUUGACAAUCAUCGCUGGUUUUGUUCGUACUUGGCACAUCGCCGAUAGCCCCAUGGUGAUUUGGGAUGAAGCGCAUUUUGGAAAGUUUGCAUCCUAUUAUCUCAAACAUGAAUUUUAUUUUGACGUUCAUCCUCCUUUGGGAAAAAUGCUGAAUGCUGUCGCCGGAAAGUUGGUUGGUUACGAUGGCCAGUUUGGCUUCGAUUCAGGUGCUACUUACCCCGAAGGCAUGAACUUUAAAUUUAUGCGACUUUGGAAUGCCGUUUUUGGUACCUUUUGCAUUCCUUUGGCUUAUUAUUCUGCUAUCAAUUUUGGUUACUCUUUUUGGGCCGCUACCUUGGUCGGCCUUAUGAUUGCUUUAGACAAUCAUUUGGCAACUAUCAGCCGCUUCAUUCUUUUGGAUAGCAUGCUCUUAUUUUUCAUCCUUAGUACCUUCUUUUCCCUUUCUCGAUUUCACGUCUACCGCAAGCAGCCUUUUUCGUUUUACUGGUUUAAAUGGCUCACCUUGACAGGCAUUUGCAUUGGCUGCGUAUGCAGUGUAAAAUUGGUCGGUCUCUUUAUCACCGUCGUCGUUGGCUUGUACACCGUAGACGAGCUUUUCCGACUCUUAAACAACAAAAAGGUCUCCUGGACUGCUUAUGCUGGACAUUGGCUGACUAGAAUUAUUUUCCUUAUCAUUACUCCCUUCUUUAUAUAUGCAUUGACAUUUUGGAUUCAAUUUGCUGUUUUGAGCAAGUCUGGUCCUGGUGAUGCCCAGAUGCCCUCUCUUUUCCAAGCUCGCCUUGAAGGCUCUCCACUCACUAAAAAUCCCGUCGACGUAAUGUAUGGAAGUAAAUUUACCUUAAAAAGCAGAAAUUCAGCUGGUGCUUUACUACACUCCCAUAUUCAGACCUUCCCGGGUGGAAGCAAGCAACAGCAAGUCACAGGUUAUCAUCACAAAGAUGGAAAUAAUGAAUGGAUGUUCCUUCCUGAAUACGGCGUUCAUUACGAUUUUGAAGAAAAUGAUCCUAAAAUUCCCAUCAAGGAAGGUAGCCUUGUUCGCCUUGUUCAUCCUUUUACCAACCGCAACUUGCAUACUCAUGACAUCCCUGCACCCCUCAAUCAACGCAUGUACGAAGUUUCGGGUUAUGGAUUAGGCGACAUUGGUGAUGAGAAAGAUUAUUGGACUGUGAAAAUUAUCUCGGAUUCUACUCAUAAGGAUUCUUCUUCCGUCCGCUCCUUGUCCACUGUAUUCCAAUUAUACAACCCCGUUAUGGAUUGCUAUUUGAGUUCUUCUACCUCUUCGCUUCCCGCUUGGGGUUUUGGUCAAAUUGAGAUGUAUUGCGAUCCUGAUACGGAUGCCAAUAAUGUCAAUACCCAUUGGAAUGUUGAGGAGCACAUAAAUCCACGUCUCCCCGAAGGAAGUCUGGAGGAUUAUCCUAAUUCAUUCUGGAAUGAUUUUUUUCAUCUGAAUCGGGCAAUGUUGCGUGCCAAUAAUGGUCUUGUUCCCGAUGAGGAUAAACUCGACGCUCUUCGCAGCGAUGCUUACCAAUGGCCGUUCUUAUUAGCUACUUUACGUAUGUGUGGUUGGGGUGAUGAUCAAAUUAAGUAUUUGUUGAUAGGAAACCCAUUUGCAUACUGGUUUGCUACAGCCAGUUUGUUUGGUUUUGUUUUAUUUGUUGUUGGAUCUGUUUUGGGCUGGCGUCGUCACGCUUUACAAUGGAACUCAAAGCUGUUCGAUACGGUUCACUUUGCCGGAGUCUACCCGUUUUUGGGUUGGUUUAUGAAUUAUUUACCUUACUAUAUCAUGGGACGAGUCUUAUAUGUGCAUCAUUAUGAACCCUCGUAUGCCUUCUCAGCUUUUACCGCUAGCUUUAUGGUGGACUGGUUUGCUCAGAAGCUACCUCGUGCUGCUCGUAUUACAGUUUAUUUAUUGCUUUAUGUCAUUAUCACUGCCGUCUUUAUUUAUUUCAAGGAUGUUACUUUUGGUAUGCAUGGUCCCUCCUCCAAGUUUCACCAUUUACGCUGGCUCAAGUCUUGGAAUGUCCAUGACUAG